ACGUCACCGUUUCUCCCUAUAAAGUCAGCGAGAGGCGUCCGCCGCUUCAUCCAUGAGCAGUGACUACCCCGCUUCAGACCUUGGAGGGUCAACUUAACCCAAAACUUCUUUUCAAAUGGGCCCCGUCGCCUAGCGGUUCCUCCCCAAGCCUCGCCCACUGAGUUGAAUCGAGUGCUCCCGAACAUCAAGCUCGUCUCGGUCAGUAAAGCCGGAUUCAUAAAGUAACCAACAACUGAAGAAUGGCAGCUAUUCCAGCCGGCGGCUCUCUCGUGGCGACCACUGACUACUACCGAAGGCGCAUCGGCUCCACCUCCAGCAGCAGCAGCUCUUGCGGCAGUUCGGAGUACAGUGGCGAGGUCAUCCCUCACCAUCCAGGCCUCCCGAAGCAGGACUCUGGUCACUGGUGGUCCAGCUUCUUCUUCGGGAAGCAGCCGGGGAUGACGACGCUGACGGAGGAGGCGCAGCAGAAGGUGGGGGUUUUGGGUGCAGCGGGUGGCCAGCUCACCUGCGUCGCCAGGGAGAUGGUGCAAAGGCAGGCGAGCGAGAGCAGCGACGCAGGAAGCCCUGCUUCGUCUUGAUCUUCUCUUUCUGGCCCACGCUGCACUGGGGAGUUGAACCGACGACCAACGCUAGGUGACGGGGGGGCUAACCCGUUUGCCAACUUUUGUGUUUUUUGUUUUUUUUACUUUUCCCUCACAUUAACUUACAUGUUAAUUUUAGUGAAGGCUGCCUUUGUUUCUUAUUCUGUUUUUUAUUGAUGACCAAAAAAAAAGAGGAAAAAAAAUCUUUCUACCAUUUGUACUGUUGUCUGUGAUGCUGUGAUGCUCACUCACAUGCCUUCUGCGCCCGCUGUCCUUUUCCUGUCCUUUGUAAAUGCAAUAAAGUAGAUCUGCAGCCCAAA